GUGAGUUUUCAAAAUGAGCGGUGAAGAGGAGGUCUGGGAAAAACUAGACGCUGAGUUUGAUCACUGUGUUGUAGACAUGAAGCCUUAUGUCCUAAAACUGCAGCAUAGGUCAGAACGUCAGAGAUGUGCCCUAUGGAUUAAAAAACUAUGUGAGCCCUCAGGAGCAGGUACAGGAAUUGUGGGCAGGAAGAAUCGGAAUUUAUACGCAAAACUCCUCCUGCACAUGUUGAAACGAGGUGUCCUAGAAGGUCCCUUCACUCAUAAGCCCGAACCAGGAAUACUGAAAACUUUACCCUCCUACAUGUCAAUUUAUUUUGAUGAACCAAAUUCAACAAGAGUCCGAAGUAGCAGCCCAGACCAUUUACCAGACUGGGUCAUGGGAGAACUAGGAAAAAGUGAGCCUAAGCUUGAGGAAUCAUGGAGAAUAUCUUCUAAAGAAGAAUCACCACUUACAUAUGGGGAAAGAUUCAAGUACAAUGGGAUGCUCGCACUAAGGUCACAUUCUAUGAGUCCUCCUCACCAGAAAGAUGAAGAUCAUCCAUCCAYGGCGCUCUCUGAACAUCAUCAUAAAAAAAACACUUCUUUGGAUGACAGUGACCUCGAAGCUCGUCUCAAUAGUUGGAAUCUUGGGCUGGAAAAUCCAAGAUAUCUGCGGGAAAAACCCAUGCCAGUGUCUUUGACAACACCCAAAAUGGGUUUAGGAAAAAAUAGCACUUUUYGGGAUGAGCAAUCACUAUUUCGAAUACAUGAAAAAGAGCUGGACAUGAAAAUAAAAAUAGUGGAAGCUAAAUUUCAUGAGGAAAAGCUUAAAUUACAGCAGAAGCAUGAUACKGAUGUUCAAAAGAUUUUGGAUAGAAAGAAUAAUGAAAUAGAGGUAUUGAAGACCCUCUACAAAACCAAGCAAAAUGAAGCUGAGGAAACUAUUAGAAAACUGGAGAAAAAAGUUCAGACCCUUGUUCGUGAGUCACAAGUUGUCAGAGAAGCAAAAGAAAAGCAGAUUGUGGAGUUAAAGAAGAUGUGUGAGCAAAGCACUGAUUCUUUGAACAACGAGUGGGAGAAAAGGCUUCACAAUGCUGUGGCUGAAAUGGAAAAGGAGAAGUUUAAUAUUCAGAAGAAACACACAGAAAAUAUCCAGGAACUGCUGGAGGACACCAAUGUUCGUCUUAGCAAAAUGGAGGAAGAAUAUUUGGAACAGAUCAAGUCAACUAACCAGAUGGUCAAAGAACUGGAGGCUCGUGUCCAGCAGUUGACUGUUGAGGCUGAAAAUAGUAAUUUACAGCGUCAAAAAUUAUCUCAGGAGAAGAUCGAUGCAGAACAAUACCAYCAGGCAGUGUGCUCUGAACUGCAGGAAGUGAAAGUCAGACACAGCUCGCUUCAGAAAGACAGGGACCGUAUUAUACAAGAAUAUGAGGAGAAAAUUCAGCAACUACAAAGCAAAUAUGAUGUCGAUAUAAGUUUUUUGAAACAGGAACACGCUCUYUCUGCAGCUAAGGCAUCGAAUGUGAUUGAAGAGUUAGAACAUAAYGUGUCUCUGUUAAAACAGCAGUUGCAAGAGUCAGAACAUCAAAGGCAGCAACAGCUGAGGGAUCAGGACUACACGUUUCAACAGGACAAACUUAACUUGGAGCGUAUGUAUGAAAAACAGAUUCACAGCAUCCGGAAUGAUCUUGAUAAAGAAAGAGGGGAUGCUCAAAAGAAAAUUCGCAAACUGGAAGAGACUUUGAAGGAGAAGGAGGAGCAGCUGACUCGGGUGACAGAGGUACAGAGGCUGCAGGCCCAGCAGGCAGACGCUGCCCUGGAGGAGUUUAAGCGGCAGGUGGAGCUGAACUCAGAAAAAGUCUACGCUGAAAUGAAAGAGCAGAUGGAAAAGGUAGAAGCAGAUCUAAGCAGAUCAAAAUCUCUCCGGGAAAAGCAAUCCAAAGAAUUCUCGUGGCAACUGGAAGACUUGAAGCAAAGAUAUGAGCAACAGAUGGUGGAGCUGAAGCUGGAGCAGGAGCAGGAGAAGACGCACCUAUUCCAGCAGCACAACGCCGAGAAGGACUGCCUGGUCCGCGACCACGAACGGGAAAUUGGGAACCUGGAGAGGCAGCUGCGGGCUGCCAUGGCGGAGCACGAGCAGAAAACCCAAGAAUGCCGGAAACGCGACGCGCAGGUUAUGUGUGACAUGGAGGCCCAGAUCCACAAGCUGAGGGAAGAGCUGGUGCAGGUAAAGGCUCAGCGGAAGCAGCAGCUCGUGGAGCUGAGCGUCCUACGCGAGGAGGAGAAGCAGAGGGCAGCGCGAGAGCACGAGGCGGCCGUGAGCAGGCUCAAAGCAGAGGCGGAAAAAAUGACAUUAGACCUGCAGAAGGCGCAUGCUGCAGAAACCGAGAAAGCCCUGGAAAAGGCGAGCAGCCGGCUGCGGCACAUGGAGAAGGAGCACGGUCAGAAGCUGGCCAAGUCCUCGCAGAUCAUAGCUGAACUUAAGACAACCAUUUCCUCUCUGACAGAGGAGAACAGCCGGCAGCAGCUUGUUGCAGAACAGCGGCUCCAGGAAGUUGUACAAAAGUUUGAAGAUAAGAAGCAGCAGCUGAUUAGAGAUAAUGACAGAGCAAUCAAGGUCUUACAAGAUGAGAUGGAAAGUUACCGCAGUCAGGUGCGGGCUGCAGAGAAGAAGCUGCAACACAGAGAGCUGGAGACCCAGGAGCAGAUGACCCAUAUACGACAGGAGUAUGAAACCAAACUCAAGGGCUUGAUGCCAGCAUCUAUGAGACAGGAACUUGAAGACACCAUUGUGUCUUUAAAAUCUCAGGUAACUAUUCUGCAGAAGAGAGCAUCGGUCCUCCAGGAAGAGCUGGACACCUACCGCACCCGAAGGUAGCUGCGGGAGCUGCUGGAUUUCUUCGAUGUCAAAGAGACUGCUUUGAAUAGGUUUGAAGAUUUGGCUCUUGUAAAUUAAAAUGUAAAGAUCAGUGGCUGUUUUGUUAGCACAUAAAAUGUAAUUAAGUUCGUGAAAACAUGUCCAUUGCUCGUGCCAGCGUUUUUUAAGUUGUAUCUUCCUUCCAUUGUUUUUUAUCAUUAUCUUAUUGCAGACUUACACUUUUGCUCUACUGUGUGUUGAGUUUGCUUACUGAAACAAAAACUUCAUCUGCUAAUAUUUUGUUAUUAGUUCCUCAUACCAUUCUAUUUACUUUUAUACAUGAAAAAUUACAUUUUUCUAUUAUUAUUGUCCAAGAUACUUUAUCAUAUUUUGACA